AGGAUUAUAUUUAUACCCUUUUCUCCAAACACCGUUCACUUCAAAACCCUAAUUCCUCUUCUUCUUCUUCUUCUUCUUCUUGAUCUUCCAAUUCUCUCUCAACAACCAACAAUGUCAAAGGGUCCAGGUCUCUACUCUGACAUCGGCAAAAAAGCCAGAGAUCUUCUUUACAAGGAUUACAACACUGACCAGAAGUUCACUCUCACUACUUAUUCACCUACUGGAAUUGCUUUGACUGCUUCAAGUACCAAGAAAGGCGAGCUUUUUUUGGCUGAUAUUAACACACAGUUGAAGCACAAGAAUGUCACUACUGAUAUCAAAGUGGACACAGAUUCUAAUCUCUUCACAACGAUCACUGUUACUGAGCCAGCUCCUGGUCUCAAGACUAUUCUUAGCUUCAGGAUUCCUGAACCUGAACUAAAGUCUGGAAAGGCUGAAGUUCAGUACUUGCAUGACUAUGCUGGAAUUUCUGCCAGCAUUGGGUUGACAGCAAACCCAGUUGCCAACUUUUCUGGUGUUAUUGGAAAUAAUGUAGUUGCUCUUGGUGGUGAUCUUUCUUAUGACACUAAAACUGGCGUGUUCACAAGGCUUAAUGCUGGGCUGAACUUCACCAAAGACGAUUUGAUUGCUUCGUUGACUCUGAAUGAAAAAGCUAAUGCCCUGAAUGCUUCAUACUACCAUGUCGUCAAUCCCGUUACCAAAACAGCUGUUGGAGCUGAGGUAUCACAUCGAUUCUCGACCAAAGAAAACACGCUCACACUUGGCACUCAGCAUGCAAUAGACUCAUUGACCACAGCGAAGCUUCGAUUCAACAACUUCGGACUAGCAAGCGGUCUCAUCCAGCAUGAGUGGCGUCCAAAAUCAUUCUUCACCAUUUCUGGUGAGGUGGACACCAAGGCCAUUGAGAAGAGUGCAAGAAUUGGAAUAGCUUUGGCUCUCAAACCUUGAGAGGAAUUGAGUCAAAUUUGUCGUGGUAGUCAUUAGCAAAAGCAACAAUUUUCUUUCAAGACUGAAUUUGGUGUUUUUUGAGGUUGGUUCUAUUAUUGGACAAAAGUGUUCAUGAUGUUUUGAUGAUUGCAUUUUAAGCGAUUCAACGUUGUAUAAAUAAGUAACAAAUUCUUUCUAUAACUAAAUGUUACUGUUUGAUUGCUUUUUCUAUUCUUUU